AAUUGUCAUUGUCAAAUAUUAUCAAUUUGUGAAAUUGUCAAUAUCUUCGUUUAUUUGUCCGCUGAUCAAUCAAUUUAUUUUUAUUUUCGUUUGAUAAACACAAAAAAAACACCAAAUAUUCAUCACGGGACUGUGUAAAUUGGUUGAGCUACGUCAUGGCGUCGAGCGAGGUGACAAAGCUUCAGCAGCAUUUGACGCUUCUGAAGGAAGAAUACAGCAAGCUGCAGAGCCACUGCGCGGAAGUGGAGCGGAAGUAUAUGCUCGCGGCGGCGUCGGCUGGUGACUUGAGUGAAACCAGUUUUGUCGCUCGACUUCUGAUGACGGUGUCCACUCUGUACGGGAGGGACACUUACUCCGAUAUCGUAGUCAAACUGCAGAACAAGUCUGUUCCUGGCCACAAGUUUGUGCUUAAUGCCCGCUCUGAUGACUGGAAUGAAGAGGCUCUAAAGAAUCUUACAGAACUAGACUGGUCAACUCUCCCAGAUGAUGUGGGUGCAGCUCUACUCAAAUGGUUAUAUACUGAUGUGGUGGAUCUGUCCAGGGGAGAUUCAUUUGCUCUCCAACUUAUGAAAUCUGCAGCCAAUUUUAAACUUUACGGUUUAGUUGGGAAAUGUGAACAGGCUCUUAUAGCUUCAGUUGGUGUGAGGAGUUGCGUUAAGUUCUACUCUGCGGCUGAUGAGAUUGGGGCGUUAGCUUUAAAAGAGCACUGUUCAGGACUGAUAUCAGCUCACUGGGAUGAUUUAACAGGGGAGGACUUCGCGCACAUGUCAUCAGCUCUACUGUACCGCAUGCUGAAGAGCAAGACGCCGCAGCCGCUGCACGGCGCCGUCAGGCUGCUGCGCGAGGACGUCGUGUUCCUCUGCCUCGUCGAGAACCAUGCCAAUCUGACAGACAUUGUAAAUGCGAUGUCAUCGCGAGGCGAGCUACCACUGGAGCUUGCGUUGCGUGGCCGCAGUGCGUCCAUCGCGACCACCCUCCUGCAGCAUUCAGCGGACGCGGACGCGCGUGGACCACGCGGCAGAACGUUGUUGCAUAGAGCAGUAGACGCUAGAGAUGCAUUCUCGGCGAAGUUCUUGGUCGAAAACGGCGCAGACCCAAGUCUGACAACCAAGGAAGAAGGAGACACGGUGCUACAUCUGAUAGCGGCACUCACAACAAGUUCCUGUGACGUGCACACAAUGGAACAAAUGGUGGAGAUAGCGGAAGCUGCUGUGAAAAAGGGUGCAGACCUCAACUUACAAAAUAGAAAGGGAUACACACCUCUUCACCAAGCGGUAAUAGCAAGGAACCAAAGAAUAUUCGACCUAUUACUAAAACAGCCUAACUUAGACACUAAUUUACGGACUUUGUCAGAUGAACACCCACCAUUAUACUACGCACUGGUCGAUGACAGGCGAGCAUCGAUAUCGUCUAGCGAGACAUUAGUAAUGAAUGGGUCCAAUCCGUUUGACACCCCUGUCACGAACAAAAACGCCUUCACCGAAGACCCGGUGGAGGGUAAAUCGGAGAACAUUGUGGAGAGAGGUUUCGCAGCCAAGUUAUUGGAGAAGGGCUGCCAACCGAAUCCGUUGUAUUCAGGGUCGGGUGAUAGUCUCCUGCAUAUAUUGGCUCAAGGAUGGUUUGAGGAUUCGGCAGUAUUUUUGUCGUCCCACUUGAACGGAGAGUUGAACCAUAGCAACGAGGCGGGGGUGACGGCGCUGCACGCGGCGUGUGCGAACGGACUGACGCGGUUGACUGCGGCGCUGCUGGAUCACGGCGCCAGGCCCAACAUGCAGACAGCGUAUGGUGAACACGAGGACACUGUGUACAGACAAACUCCUCUUCAUUUAGCAGUAUUAAAUAACCACGAAGGAGCAGUAAUGGCCAUAAUCGAACAUAAAAAAUCAGUCGAUAAGGGUAUCAUGCCGCCCUCAGACCGCUUUAAUGUCAGCUUACUACCAAAUUUGAAUUUGAAGAACUCUGAAGGGGACACGCCCGUCAGUUUAGCGCUUACCGAAGGUCACAAGCACCUAGUGGCACCGCUAAUCGAAGGCGGGGCAGACCCCAACGUUCGAAACGGGAAGGGGUUCACGUUGUUGCAUCAGUCCAUCGUCGAAGAAGACUCUAGAACCGCCAUUUUCCUAUUGGAUCAUGGCGCUGAUAUGAAUGCACUAUGUUGGUUAAAUAGGACUGACGCGGGCGAAACUCCACUGCAACUUGCGAUACAUUGCCGCCUGGGCCUGGUAGUAGAAGCUCUGUGUGUGCGCGGUGUGGACAUGGGACGUCUAGACGCUAACGGAGUGCCUCCGCUGUGGGCUGCGUUGGAUUCCGGACAGGAGGAGGUUGCCAGUAUCCUGGUCCGUAAUGGCGCUGAUGCCGACUGCUGGGGUCCAGGCCCCGAUGGGUGUUUACAAAACUUACUGCACAAGGCAAUAGACGAGAACAAAGAGUCCCUUGCUACCUUCCUAAUCCGGUCGGGCUGCGACGUGGAGAGUCCCCGACGGCCGGGCUCCAACGGCGAAGGGGCUGACGUGGCGGCCGACAAACAGUCGCCACUGCAUCUAUGCUGUACGUGGGGACUCACUGAAGUCAUACAAACAUUACUGGAGCACGGGGCGAACAUCAACUCAAAGGACGCGGAAGGCAAGACUCCGCUGCACAUCGCAAUAGAGAACCAGCACUCCGCCAUCAUAUCGCUGCUGCUGUCGCAGCCGGGCAUAGACCUGUCCGCCAGAGACAACCGCGGCGUCACGCCCUUCGCCGCCGCGCUCACCGCCAGGAACAACAAGGCCGCGCAGGCGAUACUCGAGAAGAAUCCCUCUGCGGCUGAGCAGGUAGAUAAGAAAGGUCGCAACUUCUUGCACGUGGCCAUCCAGACGUGCGACAUGGAGAGCGUGAUGUUCCUGCUGUCGGUGGAGGUGGACGUGAACUCGCGCGUGCAGGACGCCACGCUGGCGCCGCCGCUGCACCUGGCGGCCGCCGUGGGCAACGAGGUGCUGCUGCGGAGCCUGCUGCUGGCCGGCGCGAGACCCAACGACCGCGACGCGCACAAGCGCACAGCACUGCACGUGGCAGCCGGAGCGGGUCACGCGGGUAUUGUGAGCGCGCUGGCGAGCGGCGGCGCGGAGUGCGGCGCAGCGGACGCAGCCGGUGAUAGCGCGCUGCACGUGGCGGCGCGCGAGGGCCACGCCGCGGCCGCGCGCGCGCUGCUCGCCGACACCGACAUCGACGCCGCCGCCACCAACCUCAAAGGUCGCAAUCCCCUCCACGAGCUGUGUUGGUGCAAGAAGGACAACGCGGCCACGAUAUGCGAAAUAUUCCUCGAGUUCAUGCCCGACUACCCUAUCAACAGAACUGAUCUACAGGGAAACACCCCGCUACUGCUGGCGUACAUGAACGGGCAGGGCGCCAUGUGUCGCGUACUGGUACGCGCCGGCGCCUGCUUCGCGCACGAGAACAAGGAGGGCAUCUCUAUAUUCAACUAUCAAGUGGCGACGAAGCAGCUCCUGCACCGACUGCUGGACGCGCUGCCGGCGGAGGCGCCGUGGGCCGAGAGCGACCUCUGCCAGGAGUGCGGCACCAAGUUCACGCUCACCAUGCGCAAGCACCACUGCCGGCAUUGUGGCCGAAUGCUGUGCAAACAGUGUUCCAACCAAGACGUACCUAUUCUCAAGUUUGGAAUGAACAAACCACAACGAGUCUGCGAAAUAUGUUUCAACGUAUUACAAGUUGGCGCCAGUUAGUGUUACAUUAACAAGAAAGGAAUACUUAUUCUUGUGAUAAGCAAUUUGAUACUAACACAAUACAGACAGUGAGCCUGUGAACCCCAGACCUUCGUCAUUUCAUAAAAGCUGAAAGAAAGAAAGCUUAUGCUUCUACGGCCUACCAUAAGUAUGGUAGCCAAUUAUGGAGUUUGGAACGUGGUGGCUAUGGGAGGUUGCAGGUUUAAAGGAUCAGAUCCUCGACCCUCUAAGUAUAACUCGGCCCAAACUCCAUAAUUGACUACCGUACCGUACCGUACUGUAUGGUAGGAACAUGAACUGACAAACUUUCAGCUCUUAUAAAAUGACGAAGGUCUGGGAUACACGGGCUCUUAGUCUAUAAGACGUAUCUCUUUAUUAUUAUCAAAGAAAUGUUACGUUUAAAUUUUUAUGACGUAAAUGAUCUUAGUAUGUAUGCGUAAUUGUGAGGCAUUUUGUAUUUUAAUAUUUUGUCACAAAACUAUUUCAAAUAAAGUGUUUUUUUUUAUUUGCUUAUUAAACUAAUUUGGAUUGGACAGUUCGUGUAGAUAUCUCGUAAAUUCAUAGACGACUUACUUAUGUAAUCUAUAGGAAGAUUCUGCAGAAAUAUUAGUGCCUAUAUGUAUGAUAUAAAAGGAAAAUAGUUACUAUGCCAAAGUCAUAGAGUGCUUUUUUAUUUGUCUUGACAUUUAUAGCUUUAAGUUAAAAAUUAUGAUUAUUAUAAGAGUAAGAGAAUGUUUGUUUAUUUGUUUUGAGUAACAAAAAACAUAAUUAUCUUCUAAACAACAGUUUGAAUAGAAAACUCUGUAGGUAGUGAUUGAUAGGCCAAGUUCACUUGCUAUUAUGCUACACAUUAUUUAACAAGAUGCAUUUCUUUUCAUUCCCUCUAGAUUGUUUAAAAAGUGUUUAGUAUUUAAAAUAAGUUAUAUUUUUUUAUAAAUUGUUUGGAAUGGUGUGCCAUUUCAUAUUAUUGUUGUUUCCUUAUGUGGCUAUGGAAAGAAUUUAUUUUUGAUUCAAAAUUUUUAAAUUGUAUGAAAAAUAUAAUUUUAUUAUUAAUG